CUUAAGCUUUAUCAGCGUUGUAUCAACUUGGACGAUCCCAAUAAAUAACGGAAAGUUCUUAGUCGUUCAAAAAAAAAACGAGCCAUUUGAAGGAGUUCAGUUGUAGCCGUAGCCUACAGUACAAAUUGGACGAAGCACUUUAGACGGAACAAGAUGCCAGAUUCUACUAUUCCACUUCUGUGCGUCCUGGGGCUCCUCGCGCUCUCAUCUGCAUGCUACAUCCAGAACUGUCCGCGAGGCGGAAAGCGCUCUUUUCCUGAUCUGCAAAGACCGUGCAUGUCAUGUGGCCCCGGAAACCGGGGCCUCUGCUUUGGCCCCAGUAUCUGCUGUGGGGAAGGGAUGGGCUGCUACGUGGGCUCCCCAGAGGCAGCUAGUUGUGUGGAGGAGAACUACCUGCCCUCUCCCUGUGAGGCCGGAGGAAGAGUGUGUGGGUCUGAGGAGGGACACUGUGCUGCACCUGGGGUGUGCUGUGAUGCUGAGAGUUGUCUACUGGACCCAGACUGCCUAGACGACAGUAAACGUCAGCCACCCAGCGAGCAGAACAGUUCCUUGAUGGAAGGUUUGGCAGGAGAUCUGCUGCAGUGGAUGCUGCAUGCCACCAGAAGGGAGAGACCUCAGUAACAAACCACUGGCCAGCCCUCACCAAAACACACACCCAGAAUAGCGCCUAGAUCAGUUUCACAUGCACUACUACUGCAAAAAACUUACACAGCAUACACACACACAUCAUACACAUACAACAGGACACAGGAAAGGAAGAGUGGGUUUGCUACAUAAAAAAAGCAAUCAGCUCUAGUACAUUAAUAUUUACUGUGCUUACAGUAGCCUUCAGUAAGUUUUAAUUUCUAAGGCUUCAACUCAAAUAUGCAUUGUACAAUCCACUAGGGGUGGAAGGAAUGUAAAUAUGUAGCAAAUAAAUAUUUUCUUGCACUAUU